GUCAUUUUACAGUUAAAUUAUUAUAGCUCAGUUUGAAAUUCAGGAAGUGACAUUGCAUUUCUCACAUCCUCUAUCUGGGAGCUGAAGAAGGAAUUAAAAUGUACUUUCGGUCUGACUGUCAGUGGUAGUCGAGAUCCGAAUAACUGUGAGAGAGGUGGAUCGUCUUUGCAAUAUAAAAACAAAAUCACGGGUCAAAAUCCAGGUGAAAAGGAAGAAAUUCCUGGUCCCUCAGAAAACCUGAUGUUGGAAGUGGCGUAGGAAUCGAUCAAGUAUGUCCUUGUGACCUGCUUCCGGUCUUUAAUCAGUAUUCCUGUUUCAGGUCAGACAUUCCAAGGAAUUUACAAUGAUGGCAAUGCAACCACGCAGGAUUCGCUUGAAACCAUGGCUUUUGGCACAAGUGGAUAGUGGGCAAUAUCCUGGGCUUCAGUGGCUGGAUGACCAACGGAAGCAUUUUCAGAUCCCUUGGCGACAUGCUACCAGACACAUCCCCACCCAGGACGAUGAAAACACAAUUUUCAAGGCUUGGGCAGUGGAGACGGGCAAAUACCAUCAAGGUGUUGAUGGGCCAGACCCUGCCAAAUGGAAAGCAAACCUCCGCUGUGCCCUCAACAAGAGCAGGGAGUUUAAACUGAUUUAUGAUGGCACUAAAGAGACCCCCAUGCAGCCAUAUAAGAUCUACCAAGUAUGUGACCUACAGCAGUCCAACGGAGGAAACGGUACUCCAGAGGCUAUUGACUGUGAAGUGGACGACGAGGAAGAGCAACAGCUCCAAGUUUUGUUUCCAUCGAUGACCUUAGAAGAUAAGAUCAGCCUACCACCAUACCCAACACAGACCUGGUCGAAACAGGAACUUACAGUGCCUGAUUCCUGCAUGAAUGGAAGACUUGCUAACCCGACACUCCCGCAAGGGGAUCUUUCCCAUGCAAAUCUAGACCACAGUGAACUCUCUCAGCCCAACCUUACUCAUGGAGGCCUCCUUCAACCGAAUGUUACUCCAAUUGCUCAAGGAACUCUUAAUCCACUUUCAACACAGCAAGUGGACCAGUUCCCCUCAAUGACCACGUCUGAAAUGUUUAUCAACUCUCUGCCAUUGACUGACCUGGAUGUGAAGUUCCAAUACCGCGGAAAACAAAUGGGAUCGUUGAUCACUGUCAGCAACCCUCAUGGCUGCCGUUUAUACUAUGGUGAUCUAGGCCCUAUCCCAGACCAAGUGGAGCUCUUUGGACCCAUUACCCUGGAACAGGUCCGUUUCCCCAGUACGGAUCAAGUCUCUCAUGAGAAGCAGCGAUAUUACACCAAUCACUUGCUGGAUGUCAUGGACCGGGGUCUCAUCCUGGAGAUCCAUGGGCAGGAUAUUUACGCCAUCCGUCUGUGCCAGUGUAAAGUGUACUGGUCUGGGCCCUGUGCUAUUGGAGCACCAGGACCCAAUCCCCUUGAGAGGGAGAAGAAGAUCAAACUCUUCAGUUUGGAGAACUUCCUCAGUGAAUUGAUAAUGUAUCAGAAGGGACAGACUAGUGUUGCCCCACUUUACGAGAUCCAGCUCUGCUUUGGUGAGGAAUGGCCAGAUGGCAAACCCAAGGAAAAAAAGCUGAUCAUGGUGCAGGUGAUUCCGGUUGUGGCGAGAAUGAUGUUCGAGAUGUUUUCAGGGGAGUUGUCAUUCGAUAGUGGGAGUAUCUGUCUGCAAAUCUCAAACCCAGACCUUAAGGACAACGUGGUGUUUCAGUUUAAAGAACUUCAUCGAUUACUUCAGUCCCAGCAAGGCCAGGGACAGUGGCCAGUGCAGCCUGCCAAUCUACAAUGAGGUUACAAAGUACCUAAGAAGAGGAUAUAUUCCAGAAUGCUGCCAAUGGUUCUUGGGCUGUCAUUCUAAAUUUGCUGCUGACAUGUUUUAAAACGAAAACUAGGAGUUGGAGCUCAGCGGUUUUUGGUCCUAAAUGCUGGAACUCUAAGUGGGAGUGUAUACGGCAAACAAGCACCUCUUAUUCCUUCAUCAUUGAUUUAUGCAUUUGACUUUUUAUUAUUACCUUCUCUUUAAAGGAUUAAGGGCCGCUUCAUCUUGCUUCUAUCAGAUUGCAACACAAUGGACGCCAUAGCAACUACUCUGAGGCAACUCAUUCUUAAUCCUAAUUGUAAUAAAAAGCACCUGUUAAUGAUUUA